GGCCGGGCCGGGGCGGGGCGGCUGCGAGGCGCGGCCGGGCGGGCUGCCCCGCAGCACCAGCGGCGGCUGCCCGCGUCCUCCCCGGCAUGGGGGCCGGGCUCCGACCGAGACCCCGCGGGCGGCGCUGACCUGAGCGGCACCGCCGCUCCCCCUCCCCGCAGCCCCGCGGGGAGGAGGUCGGGCGGCGGCUGCCAGCGCCCGCGGGCGGGCGGCGCGGGGCUCGGCGCGGCGGGCCGCUGGGCUCGGGACCCGGAAGCAGAAGCGGGGCCGGGAGGCGGCUGGAUGGGAAGGAGCGGCGGCGGCGGGCGGCGAUGGGGGAGCAGCAGAGCUCGCUGAGCGCCCCGCGGGCGGCCGCCGCCACCACCACCGCCGCGCCGCCGAGCCCGGCCGGGCGCCCUUGGGAGUUCGGCCCGGACGACCCGCCUCAGCCGCGAGAGGCGGUACCGGGCGGCGGGGCGGCUGAGCCGGGGCGAAGCAGAGAGCCGCCGCCGCCCGCCCCCAGCUCUGAGCGGCAAGGGGCCGAAGAGGAGGAGGAGGAGGAGGCUGUGGCCGGGCCGGAGCAGCCGCCGGCCGCGGAGGAGCCGGCGACCCUGGCGGAGGAGGAGCCGGGGCCGGAGGGGGGCAACGGCCGCCGCCGCCCCCCUCGGCGGCACGUGUAUUGCACAGUCUACUGCGUGGAGAACGACCGGCCGGCGGCGGACCCCCUCUCCGCCCGCGGCGGCCCGGACGGCGGCGGCCCGGGCGCGGGGCAGCCCGCGGCGCGGCGUGGGGUGGCGGCAGGCGGCGACCCGCUGUCGGCGGGCGGCAGCAUCGAGGUGGUGGACUUGUACCUGCUGUCCGAACCCUUCUCCGGGCUGAUCGCGGGCGAGUUCGGGCCGCUGCUGGUGCUGAGCUGCCGCGUGUGCCUGGAGGAGAAGCCCAUCAAGCCCCUGUCGUGCUGCAAGAAGGCGGUGUGCGAGGAGUGCCUCAGGCGGUACCUCAGCUCCCAGGUGCAGCUGGGACAAGCGGAUAUAAAAUGCCCAAUCACAGAAUGCAGCGAGCACCUGGAUGAAACAACUGUCCUCUAUAACCUGCCCCAUGACGACAUCAUCAAGUAUAAGUAUUUCCUGGAACUCAGCCGCAUUGACUCCAGCACCAAGCCAUGCCCUCAGUGCAAGCACUUUACAACUUUCCGGAGGAGAGGCCACAUUCCUACCCCUGCCAAAUUGGAGAACAAAUACAAAAUCCAGUGUCCAUCUUGCCAGUUUGUCUGGUGUUUCAAGUGCCACUCUCCCUGGCAUGAAGGCGUUAACUGCAAAGAAUACAAGAAGGGAGACAAGCUGUUACGUCACUGGGCCAACGAAAUCGAACACGGGCAGAGGAAUGCCCAGAAAUGUCCAAAAUGCAAGAUCCACAUCCAGAGAACAGAAGGGUGCGACCACAUGACUUGUUCCCAGUGUAACACUAAUUUCUGUUACCGUUGUGGGGAGAGAUACCGCCAGCUCCGGUUCUUCGGAGAUCACACGUCAAACCUCAGUAUCUUUGGAUGCAAAUACCGCUACCUCCCCGAGAGACCACAUUUAAGGAGAUUAGUGCGAGGCUCUGUCUGUGCUGGAAAACUACUCAUUACACCCCUAAUACUGGUUCUGGGACUGGCAUUGGGAGCCAUAGCUGUUGUAAUAGGUUUAUUUGUGUUUCCUAUCUAUUGCCUUUGUAAAAAGCAGAGGAAAAGGUCACGGACAGGUAUGCCCUGGUAAGGAUGGACCUUACUCAUCUGAACUGAGCUGGUCCUGCAAGGGCUAUACAGGCUUUGUGCAACAGAGCAAUACAGUGCUGGUAACAGCAUCAAAGCCACUGCCCUGGAAGAAGAUUGGGGGAUCUCCUGCUGUCUUCCCUCAGAUGAAAACACUACUGCAGACCAGAAAGCCUCUUUGCUCUGGUGCACUCUGAACAAGAUGGGCCCCCUGACUGCUGCUUUUUAAAUGUUUUGGGUUUUGUUUGUUUUUUUUUUUAAUUAUUACUUUGGAGGGGUUUUUUGAGUCUAAGUUUCUGAACUAGACAAUCAAAGUCUCUCUUGUAGCCACAACUCUACUACCGAUUUGGCCUGUGAAGAAAGCAUUUAACUGCUAACAUGUGCUCCGUUUAACUUCAGUGUCGGCCUUUAAGGGGGAAAUGCUUAGAAGUGUUUGGACUCUUACUGUAUACUGAGCAUACUACUUUUGGUAUUAAAAACUACUUCUGUAAAUAACUUCCAUCACACAGCAUUCUGUUCAGCAUACCAAAACCCCGUCACAUGCCAGAGCACGACAGCUGGUUAUCUUCCAAGUCCUAGGCAAGAGUGUAGAUUGCCACCGCCAAACUGCAGUGCCUCAGAGGGAAAUAAUCCUUAGUAUUGAAGGUCCAUUAUACUUACAAAUAUGCUGAUUGGGUUCACUUCAGUAUUUAUGGCAGUCUAUUAAUAUUGAUUGGGGGUGUGUGAUGGAUUUGUUAGAAAAGUACUGCAUUCUGAAAUCCUUCCAGUACAGAAAAAAAAUUGAGGGGUUUAGAUAAGAGGAAGUGUCACUGGCCUGUUCUGUCCCAAGAUAUCCCUGAAAUGUGUUUGCAGGGAAGCUGGAAACCUGCUCUUCUGUUCUGACUUGGCAUAUAAUGCUAUAGACUAGUUGUGUCAAGAUAGACGGUGAAAUUUUAUAACCUAAAUAGAAUGUUUUGUUUGUUUAAGUAGGCUACAUAAGUCUUAGAGCAUCCACUGAUGUCUCAUGAGGAAAAUCUGUGAAUUUUGGGUAAGGGGAGGGGUCAUGAAUUCUUAGGAGACCAUUUUGUCCUUAUUCUCUGCUUGCAGUGUUUCUCUUCCUGGCACAUUACAGAUCUGAAGAGAAUGAUUAUCCUUGCUCUUUUUUCCUAACUUCAGAGUGCUGCUGUUCGCUGCCAGACCUCUUUCUCAGCGCAUCGCCACAAGAGCAAUGUAAUUCAGUGUUAGGAAUCAGCUACUGAGAUUUUUUUCACUUUUGGUUAUAAUCCAAAUUUAUCAUACAAAUAUAACUUAAAAUUAAAGAAUAGAAGAAAAUAAAUUUAUGUAAGCAGAACACUGAAACAAUAAAGGAAGUAUCUACUUUAUACUUUAAAAAUACAAGCUGGUCUUACAGAAGAUUGGAUCUGUACUGCAAAGGUACUUUUUUUCAGUGUGUGUGUUUGAAGAUACACGUGUAUAUAUAUGGGGAGAGGGGGAAGCAGGGAGAUGGCAAUGUCCUAAAGAGUUUACAGACUUCAGAGUAUAGGCCUGCAAACAGCAUAUCAUUUGAGAGGAUGUACUUUGCACUGCUUUCUUUGAAAAUUGUUAUUAAAUCUGAAUAUAGUUGUAAUUUUUAAGUAAAUAGUAUUCUGCCCCACCAACGUAAUACUGUUACAAGAUACUCACUUUGACUUCAAAGCCUCAGUGGAAGAAACCGAUGAAUCUUGUUUACCUGGAAACACAAAUAUCAGCUUACCAUAGCUGGCUAGUAUGCUUGUUUUCUGUCAGCUUCUGGUUUUGUUUUCUUGGGGUUUUUUUCUUGUUGAAACUGUGUGUGCAAGCACAGUCAACAAGUACUUAAUAUUUCCUUUUGAAUUUAAGGGCAUGUUGACUCUGUUGUCCUAACAGUAGUAGUACCUUUCUAAGAUGUGCAAAUUAAGCAGGGAAGCAAUGACAUUUAGAAGUAAAGUUCAAAGCCUAUUGUCAAUGCAAAUCCACCCAUUAAUUAGAUUUCUUCUUCUGUGACACAUCAGUUUUCUAUUUGUGUUCUGUCUGAGGUUGGAAGCUGCCUUAAAAGUCUUGGUUUGAGUGUGUUUUCUGAGGCUAUACAUAUCAGUUGUCUUUGGCUUACUCAGGGAUUUUUAUUCCUCUCUUUAAAUGUCAAAUAAUGAAGAUAUUUUUGUAUUAUUUAGAAAAACCUUCAAACCUCAGAGUGAGAUAUAUAUAGAUAGAUUUGGGUUUGCAAUGCAGUCUGUAAUAUGGUGUCAAACUAUUCCACAUGAGAAUACUUUCGUACUUGAGAUUAUCUGUAAUUAACUAUACAGUGGGUUAAUUCCUUUUCUUUUUCUGGUUCUUUAUAAAUAUGUGAGAUAUUCUUACAGUCUUUGUAGCUGUUUUCACUCUGCUGUGUUUGCCAUUUUCAGUUUCUGAUGGGAAUUCAGAAAGAUUUGAAAUUAAGAUGUGAGAAUAAAGUGCAUAAAAGGGAACAUAUUAGAUCUGCACUUAUUUAUAUUCAGAAAGCGUGUCAUUGUGGGUGGAGGAAAGGAGCGUGCAUCUCUGCUCCUACAUUAUCAUUUCAUCUAGGCCAUUUUUAUUUUAUUGGAACAGAUUAAAUCAAAGGGAAAUGGUUCUUCAUUUUUUACACAUAGCAAAAAGAGGCAUCUUUGACCUUGUAAAGAUGAGAGAGUCUAAUCUUGCUCUGUCAGUAGAAAAAAAAUAAUAGGAAUGACAAUAAUACUGGCUUUUGCUUUUCUGUAGAAUGGGAGAGUAUUUCAAGAGGCAGGCAGAGUAGGGAUAUGGUAGUCUUUUUCCAUUCCUGUUAAAAUAUUCCCACUUGAAUAGUACAUAAAUACAAUUUUCCAUUAAUAUUAAGUAACAAAAAUAACCGAAAUGAAAGUAGUUUAGUACAAAACUUCACUCAAUAAAAUGCUAGCUUUUAAACAGCUCUUCUCAUCUCUCGUAUCAAAUCCUACAUACAUCAAAGUCAUGUCACUUGUUUUACAAGAAUUAAGUUAUCAGUUUGAAAGAAAUGGAAUGAAUUUAAUUGAAAGGAAAUUCAAGAAUGUUUUUAUUAUGUAAAUGUGUUUGGGGUUUUUUUGUAACCGUGCUCUAAAGAAACCAUCAGACUGUUCUACUCCAUCUUUAUUAGCAGAAAACUUCAUCAGGCAGCUGAAAUAACCUGCAAAGGCAGAUUUCACACUACUGUAUGCUGAUCAUCGCUGAUCAUCAGGUUUGCUUUCACCACGUUUAAUAUUUAAGAUUGUUUAUCCUUGUGCAAAGUUGCUGCUCACUGAUAUCUGUAUUCGAACUAGGAAAUGCUUAAAUCCAUUCGACCUAGCAUUCUAUUUCAGGCUUGCCUGGAAAUGGCUCUACCCAUGCUCUUGGGUCUCCUGGCAGGCAUGCAGUUGGAGCUGGUGCGCUCCCAGCAGCGCCAUGCCAUGUGUGUCCUGUCCUGCCUCUGCAGGAGGGGACUGCUUUCCCUUUUGCCGCUAACAGUAAUUGGUGGUAUUUCACUAAUUGGGUAAGGUUUCAGGGCUGCUCAGCCGUGUCAGUGGCAGGGUGAUUCUAACUGCUGCGGCAUCUUGGAGCAUAGUUAAGUAUAUUUGCAGAGCUUAUCCAGGAGCUUUUGACUGGAAAAUAAUUGUGCUUUUCCUUGUGUCCACCUAUUAGCCAGUGAGAAUACAAGCGAGAGGCAGAAGUACAGUUCUGAGUAGCCUUAUGCUGUCCCUGACCCAUCCGUUUUAGGUCCAUACAAAAAAGUCUGUUAGUCUUGAGUUCUUAGCACCUCUAUAAUAAACAACAUAUUCAUAUCUUUCAAAUGUCAUUAAAUACAGUCACUUUGAGUGAUCCAUUAUCUUCCUUUGGGGAAGAUAAUGCAAAUAUGUAAGUAAGAUUUUGUUUGGCUUUGGUGUUACUGAUGCUGACUUCGUAACUCUUCCUGGUAUGUUAGAUGCUUUUUCAUUUAUAUCUAUUUAUUGGUUCUGAAAGUUUGAUCAAUGUGAAGUUUUACUUUAUUUAAAAUAUUAACUUGCAGGGACUAUUGCCAAUUUAACAAGAAACUGUUUGGGAUCACCAUCAGGUAUUCUUUUUAGCCAAGGGGCUUUCUGCUCUUCCAAAGACCGCCAUAGCUUGUGUGAUGUUAAAUGGUGUGUAGGUAGGGCAGUAAUUCUGUCAGAGCAUACAAAUUCUCCAGUGAUUGAAUGGUUUCUGUUGCUAGUUAGAUCUGAGAAAUUGUUUAACAUUCAGUGGCCAAAUAGUUUGCCAUGCAGGCUCUGGUUUUGGUGGGGGGUUUUUUAUUAUUAUUUAGUUGUGGUGUUUUGUUUCUUGAACAAACCUGGCAUUGUUUAUAAUUCUGGGGAUGAUUAUUGUGUAGGUCCAAGCAGUGGAUGAGGACCAUGGAUUUUUUUUUUUCUAUAGUCUAUAUUAGAUCUCAGAUUUUGCUGAUGGGAAGAAUCCUACCUGAGGAAGCUGUGGGAGAGAUUUCUUAGUUUCUUUCAAUUUUGCAGCCUUAUAGUUGCCAGUGGGUCAGCUCCAUUCCUGACAUCUGCCAUAGUCCCAUUUAAACCAGAGAAGUUGUACUCAUUUUUUUUUAUGCUAGUGCGGAGUUUGGUCACAAAUACUUCAAUAAAAAUAUCUGGAAGUGUGUUGAAGCCAUUGUGUAGCAACUUGAGAAUCUGGCUCACUUCUGAAGAAGUGCAAAUUACUAUGGAGCCAGUCCUCUCGCUCGCAGAGUGAUGUUAUUGCUAGAGAGGGCAGGAAGUAGCGAAGAAUUUCCAAAUGAGAUUCUUAAUAAAGCAGAUUGUCAGGUCAAGGAGUACUAGCUUUUAAUGUAAUAGAGACCUUCUCAAUGCUUCAAGUCACUAGUAAAGUUAGAAACAACAUCCACAGACAGUGUUAAAUAACAUACCUGAAAAUUUUUUAUUCAUGUAACAGAUAUUAACACGGUUCAAGAAUUGGAAUUACAGCUGUUCAGUAUGUUUUGGACUUAACACAUAAACUUGAAAAAGAAGGCACAUUCAAAAAGUUGCAUUGCUGAUAUAUUUGGUGGCUAGUCUUGCUACCGUUACAUGAAAAAACAGCUGAGCCUUGGUUCAACUGCAAGACUUUUCACUUGAGUACUACUCAAGCUAUAACACAACAACCCCAAACUUUUUUCCUAAUAAAACUAAAAAGAGCAGCUUGUCGCAGUUACACAGACUAUUGCUUCCUGGCUGAUUCUUCCUUAUCUCUCUGUGCAUAAAGGUUUAGGGUCUAUAUGUUCUCUCUCCAGUAAGGAAUGGAAUGCUUACAUUAGGCAAUUAAUUGCUGAUGCUCCUCUUAGCCUGACAGUAAAAUUCCAUGAGGUAGGGAAAUCAAAACUGAUCUUGGAGUGCAUGCUUUGAUUUCAAAGAUAAAAAUGUGUAAUAAGCUUUAAUUACGUACUCCCUAGUAAAAAUAGAUACGUAAAUUUUGAAGCAUAAUUCCAGCUGUUUGUUUAUAAAUAUAUCUGUUUGAAAACAAUAAUAGAGUAGUUAUAAAGCAGUUAGUUUAUUAAAAAAACUCGCUGUGCAAAAGAAAACCUUUUUGGAGCUUAUUUGGCUGAUCAGAACUUAAAUACCAAAAAAACCCCUCCAAAAAACCAAAAAAAAACCCCAACCUAAUCUGAAGGGGUUUGGAUGGAUCAAAGUCAGAAGAGGAAAAAUUUACUGUGUCAAAAAGAUUUGAUGUUUUUAGCAUAAACAUGGCUUUUUCACAUACCUGCUGAAACACAUGCUAACCCCAUUCAGUGUUGAAAACUUGUCAUUCUGAAAACAGCAUUGUUGAAGUUUUAACCCAGUGUCACUGAGCACAAUGUUACUAAUACAAUGCCACGUUUACAUCAUUUUUAGAAGGAAAAUCUACUUAGAGAAUCCAAACAAGCUGUUCACACAUUUUAAACCUGUCCUGUAAAAGUGCUGAUGCAGUCAAGAAAUAUUUCCAUGCCUUAUGCAAGUUCCGGGUAAGCAGAUGGAUUCAGUCUUUAGUCAUGGACUAUAUUUUGCAUAAAAAAAUGCACUCUUAAUAAGAGUUCUUCGUACCAAUUUACAUUGUGCUGCUUCAUGUCCAGAACUUAAAAGGACAGGAGUAGAUUUACAUUUCACUGUGUUUACCAUCUUGUAAUAAAAUGUUUACCAUAUUUCCAUUUGUUAUACACUUUAUUUCUAAUGCUCUCCGUUUCCUUCCCCAUUUUGUAAUUUGAAACUGACUUCUGAAAAUGGCUGAAGAUGAAAUUGGACCUGGAAAAUGUGAUCUCAUAACAAGUUUCAGUAAUGCUCUGCUGAGCUAUACCAGCAAAAGACUGAUUCUGCUGUAUUGAAAUUACUUAAAUGCAAAAUGUUGAAAUCUGUUUUUCUUCAGGGCUUUUAAUUUUGCAUUUUUUUUUUAAAUGUAAUUAAAAGCACAGUCACCUUUGUUACAUAACUAACCAUCUCAGCCCAAAUAACUUUUUAAGGUAUUUGUUAACUCUUGUGACUAUGGUAGAGAUGAGAAUAAUAGGUGCUGAGAAAAAGAAAAUGUGGUAUUUGAGGGGGUUGUCCAAGCUGAACUUUAUCGUAAUUCCAUGACAGUUCAAUGAGAAAUCUUCUUAUGCCCCUAUCCUUUUUAUAUAUUUUAAGGUGAAGUAUUCCUUUAGAAUCUGGUUAAUUUGAAUGCCAGGAGAUGAGGGUAGUGAGAUGAUAGAUUACAUCUUUUUUAGUGUACAGGCUUCUGGCACAACUAGAGUGCUGGCCAAAACACUGUAGGUUCAUUAAGAAAGCAACUUCUAACUCCACACUUGGGCUAUAUACAAACUAGAUGCAUCAGUGAUCAGAACUUUCUGUAGUAUGUUUAUUUGAUGACUAAGAAGUUAUAAAAUUGGAGGUAGGCAAUACCCAUGUAAUCAGUGCUUGAAUUCCAGUAUUCAGUGUGUUUUCUAUAAUGAGGAAUUUUAAAUGUGUAAGUGCCUUAUUGCUUGAAACAAAUGAAGAGUUGUUCAUUUCCCUCCAUAGAGCAAUAUGGGAAUUCCAGUUCUGUGGACUCCUACAGACAGACCUGUUAAGCCAAAGUAACCAAUACUGGUUUGUUCAGAAAGUUGAAAAAUGUUAUGUUAGUGAAGAAGUUAUCUUUUUAUGAUUUAUAAAAGUAAUCCAGCAUGCCUAUUUUAACUCUGAUGACCUUGAUCUCAUUUCUGAGUUUUUAACUUGCUGUUCCCUCUUCCCUCCACCCCUUCAUGUCCUUUCAGACUUCUGCAGAAAUGCAUCUUAUAUUGUCAGAAUGAGUUUGGUCUUCUAGCAUAACCAGCUAGGAAUGUUCAACCGCUUAAGGAAAUGCAACUUUUUGGAGAAGAGAAUUCAGCUAAAGUUAGAUUAGACCACAACCUGUGGUAUAUGUACCUUCAAACUCCAGGGCUUAAACGGGCUUUGUUAGCACUAAUUCAUGAAGGUGGAAGCACUGAGGAGCUUAGCGCAUGGAGGUGCACUAGGCUGGGGCUCAGAGCAGUUGAACAGCAUUUCAGUGGUAUCCAACUUGAACUUAACAUCCUGUUAAUUUAAGUUGGCAAUUUCUCUGGGGUGAGUAUCUGGAGGGACUAAACCAUCAAACAAGCUUGGUGGAGCAGCUCUGGGAUCUCUGCCCAGCCCUUCAUUGCAUGGUGGGAGGUGUGGUCUGAGAAAGUAGCAUUCGUUUUAUUAUCUUCAGUUAGCCUCAGAAUGGAUUCUGUAGGGUAUCUUCUUUUGGGAUUACUUCCUUUCCCAGAAGACCCUGGAAUUUCACCUUUCAUGAUCUAGAUUUCCUAAAGGACCUGUUUUUUUCUUACUAACAUUGCUCCCACAUUUGUCCAUCUAUUAUUGGAAGUCAGGUGCCAAGAAUAAGCUACUUCUCUAAAAUUAUCUUGAAUUAUAUGAAUUUCUCGUAUAAAUUAUCUUUUAAAAAUAUUGAUGUUAUAAAACUGUCAGAAAGAAAUGGAGUUAAUAAUGGGGGGGGGGUAAGAACAAAACUGAUGCUUAGAAGGUCUAUUUGUUGCAGAUUCAUGAUCACAAAAGGGUUUUAUUAUGUUCAAUUUCCUCCACUAAGAAUUUGUGAAGGAAGAAAAGAAGAAAGUGAGGGAGAAAUGAAGAUGAGUAUCUCUGAACCUUUUCUUCUGAAAUUUCAGAACUGUAGGAAAGGUAGGCUUCCCCCCACCCCCCUCCAGAUAUUAAUUGGUAAUAUAGCUGUCACUUGCAGUGUUAUUUCUCUACGAAGCAUCACACACAAGUGUUUUAUCAAGAUUCAGCUUGCAUAUCUGAAGGUUUAGGGAGUUUGAUUUAGAGCCAUACUGCAAUAAAAUAAUUGAAUUAUCGCUUACAGAUACCUUAAUAACUUCUAGUUCAGUAUUAUCUCAGUUUUAGGCAUUAACUAAGUCAUUCUAUAACCCACUGAAUAGGAGGCACCAUGUAUCAAAAUACUUUUUCAAUCUUAUGAGUUACUGUUUAUUUUAAACAAUUCUUUCCUUUAAAUGAAAUUUUUCUCUUACAACCAGCAGGCAUGCAACCAAAUUGCUGAUAAGGAUUUUCCCUUAUCUUUCUCUUGCAUUUAGCUGAUAACUACUUUUUUGUUGCGUAGUUUUGCAACAGUGGUCUUCAUGCUGUAAUAACUUGAUGAAAAUAUUUGGUAAUCUUGGGCAAUAUUUUACAAAUAAUCCAUCUUCAAGUUGGUAUUUUAGAUGGAUACCAAUAAUCAUUGUUGAGUGUGCUACCAUUGUGGCUGCUUUAGUUUGUGUCAAUGUUUCAUAAGGAUUAUUUCCUGCUAUCCUCUUCAGAGUGCCUUUUAAUUUAGGAGGUCUAGAGAUGGUUCACUGAAGUCUUGUGUUCAAUCUACCACAGUAAUGUCUGAUUUUUAAACUUGUCGUGAUGAAUGUAUAACUGAAAUCCUGUUCUUUAAAAAGCUGUAGUAGACACAGGUUGUAUAUGCACAUGUACAUGCAUGGAUAAAAGGGAAGGUGUUCUGCCAAUGUUUGUCCUGCUGGACAGGACCUUUUGAAAGUAAGUGAAUUUUUUAACAGUUUUAUUUUCAAAAUGUUACCUCACUAGUAUUCAGUAGUAGGUAUGUCUCUGUACUGCUUCACUUUGCUAAAUACAAUCACAAUCAUGGUAGGCAGUUUAAUUUAAUAGACCCUGCAAUGAAUCUGGUGUCCAUAUUGAGAGUGAAGUUCCUAAGUCAAAACUUAGGGUACUUCAUUCCUUAUAAAGGCAUUCCUUUCACGCUGAUAUCCCAAGCCCCUGUUAACAACAAACUGAAAAAGUGCUUCCCCAUGAUGAAAUGGAAGAAUGUAAAGUAGCAUUUUAAUGCACUCCACCUGUCUUGGAAUCAAUAUCAGAAACGGGGGGGGGGGGGGAGGCGGGUAGGGAGGUGGAUUUAAUGAAUUGUGGGAAGACGUAUGUUGGAGAGUUCGUUCACUUGCACACAAGGGGUUUUACAAUGUCAUCUAGUAGCGUCUACCUAAUAAAGUUUUGAAAAAGAAAA